AUGUCAAACGAGCGCGUGGAUCAUGGUACACCGAAGCUUGGUCAGAUGAACUCCAUGUCUCCAGAAUGUACACCUUUGAAGCACAAGUAUGAUGAUUGUUUUCAUACCUGGUUCAAAGACUACUUAGACAUGAGCUCAUCUGCAAAUGUAGAGCCAUCCUCCCCACCCAAACAACAUCCUUGGCCUAGUCGUGUCAAACAAGCGCCAUCAUCUGACCUUACUUCUUUGCGGAAACGGUACGAGACGGAUUGCGGGAAGCUUUUUGAAGAAUACCAAGCGUGUAUUAAGCGAUCUAUCAAAGACAAGGGGCUCCACGAAGCAAUCGAGAAGGCUAGAAACGAAAACCCAUUCCCUAGACAUCACAAUUGUUGA